AUGAGUCGUAAGGAUAUUUGUACAAAACGAGUAGCAGUUCAAGAUAAGAAGAAGGUGGUUGAAGAUGGCUACGAAUUCUUCGCAAAACGUCAGUUAGUCACUCUAUUCUCAGCCCCAAACUAUUGCGGCGAAUUCGACAACGCGGGAGGCAUGAUGAGCGUUGACGAGACGCUGAUGUGUUCCUUUCAGAUCCUAAAGCCUGCUGAGAAAAAGACAAAGUACCAAUAUCCGGGCGGCACGGUGGGGGCAGCAUCCCCGAUGGGCGGCAACAGACCCUCUACGCCCCCUAAAGGGACUGGGCCACCCGGACCGGCGGGGUUUCCCAAUAGCAAGCCCAAGAAGUAG